AUGGUGGCUGUGGAUCCAUAUGUAACAGGGGAUUUUACGACCAUUAGCGAAGCUGUAGCUGCGGCACCAGAUAACUCUGUUGCUAAUGAUGGAUAUGCUGUGAUUUAUGCGGUGAAUGUCUCUAUGAAGACGCCAAAUCUUAUGCUGUGCACCAAGAUUCGUGUCCUCCGAGAAGAAGCUUCAGUAUAUUGUAGCCAUUCUUGCAGUGAGUUUGCAGACUGUGACCUAUACAGGAACGUUGAUUUCAUACUUGGUCUCCAAAUUUUCGAUAUUUAUCAGGAAUUACCAGUGGACAAAAUGUUCAAUGCAAUAACUUAUCAAGGCAGAACAGAUCAAUGCAUAAUUGUUGCCACUGAAGCAGCUAACGACUUCGCCUCAAGUAAGGGUACUACAAAAAAAACCCAGGCAGGCCUUGGAAGGAAUACUCAAGAACUGUUAACAUGCAGUCUUCGUCGAUAA